CACCACCACCACCACCACCACCACCACUACAACGCGCACGACCACAACCACUGCUGCAGGGGACUGCCAGAACGGGGGCACCUGGGACGGCACCAAGUGCCUCUGCCCCGAGGCGUUCUACGGCCCCGCCUGCGAGUUCCCCCUGUGCCAGAACGGGGGCACCUGGGACGGCGGCGCCUGCCAGUGUCCCUCCAACUUCCAGGGCGUCGAGUGCCAGCUGGCCAAGGAGACCAUCGAGGUGGUGGAUGCGGUGGUGAACGCAACGGUGGACAUGACGGCGAAGGUGGAGAACAGGGAUUUCACAGCCGACCUCAACAACAAGUCCUCCAAGGCUUUCCAGGACUUCGAGAGGGAAUUCAAGCAGCAGAUGGCCGAGCUUUACCAGAGCAUAACGAGCUACCGAGGUGUGGAGAUCCACAGCCUGAGGAAUGGCAGCGUCAUCGUCAACUACACGGUCCUCCUGGAGGUGCCUGCCACCGCCACGGCCAACAGCACCGUCCAGGGCAUCUCCGCGGAGCUGGUCACCAUCGUCAACAGCUACCUCAACUGCUGCCAGAGCAACCCCGCCUGCGGGUUGUGCUUCAACGCCAGCUUCACCGAGGUCACCAGCGCCAAGGCUGACAGCGUUGACGAGGACCUGUGCGACGGCCAAGUCCCGGAGGGCUUCGAGGACUACUACUCCCCCGCGCUCACCGCCCUGGGCGUCCUCUGCGUCACCGUGUGCGACAAGCGAGCCGCCAGCCCCUACCGCUGCGUCCACGGCACCUGCAGCGUGGAGCGCUCGGGGCCCCGCUGCGAGUGCUCGGAGCGGGCGGCGUUUUGGUACCUGGACGGCUCCUGCGCCUCGCGCCUCAGCAAGCUGGGGGUGGCCGUGGGGGUCCCCGUGGCCGCGCUGGCCGUCGCCGCCGCCGCCUUCGCCGCCUUCCUGCUCAGGGCCCGGAGGCAGAACCUGGAGUACAGGUGA